GUCCUACAGUCGCGUCCUACAACACCUCAACAGAAGGACACACGCAGUCACCCUACCAUAUCAUGUCCACAGGCCGCUCGCCGCCUGCUUCUGCCGACGCAGCACUCUCGCUACCCGACCAAAAGAAACCCAAAAUCGAACAAGGCUCACCUAUGAGCGACUCAAAACAAGACAUCCCAGCUCAAGUGGGCGGCAUUGACACGGCCCUGCUACGUAAACUGCCACGCGCAGCUCUACUGGAUGUACUAUACCAAGCAUUACCUACCAGCACGGCAUUGCAAGCGAUUGUUCUUGAGAAAUUACAGACCGCGACACUCCUUGCUGCGGAUACAGUCGAGGUAGAAGAUACACUCGAGGAGAUCGAUGGUACCCGCGGUGAUGAAUGGGAAGAUGCCGAGUCGGGUGAUGACAAUGAUAUGACGGAACCUGAAGAUCUCUCAGGUGAGGAGGAAGAAGAGGAAGAUGAGUCGCAUCUCGAUGAACGACUACGUGGAUUAUCACCCCUUGCAAAGCUCAUUAUGGAGAUUAUGAAUUCUGCACCGGCGCCAGAAGGGGGAAUGCCGUGGCGCGAGUUUGAAGGGAUUUGGCCACCUGUCAUGGGCACGGUCGCAGAGGCUAUCAAGGAGUGUCGAGAUCGUGGUGUCUUGGUCACGGCAGACACAGACGACGACUUUGUGGUGUCGACUAUGCCGAUGGCAGAUCAGGCAGCUGUUUGAUGGCAGAUAGCUGCAGGCAAGAUUUCUGAUUGCAUGUAUAAGGAAGGUAGAAAUUGCCAUGACUUGGUGCCCGUUGCAGUGCAU